GCGAGGUAGAGCUGCUAUAUGCUCGGACGUCAGAGGGACGAUGGUGGAGGGCUGGUAAAGAUGGCGGCGCUCUCCGAGGAUGGGAGGUAUGGACUGAAUUGUGGCCGACGGAAUGCAGAUCGAGUCACCGUAUUGCACGUAAAAUUGACAGAGACAGCUUUCAGAGCAAUAGAGAGCCACCAAACCUGUAAGAAUGUACCGUCCUCGCGGCCAACAAUACAAUUCAAGGGACUCCAAGGGCGCAUUAAGAUCCCAAGGACUGACUCUCUGGAUGGCUCUCAGAACUUUGACUUCUAUCUGUCCAACGUGGGCAAGGACAACCCUCAGGGAAGCUUUGAGUGCAUCCAACAAUAUGUGUCCAGCUCAGGGACCCCCCACCUGGUGUCCUUGGGGACGGUUCAGGACAAAGUCACGGUGUGUGCCACCAACGACUCCUACCAGGUGACCCGGGAGCGCAUGGCGCAGGCCGAGGAGGACAGUCGCAAACGAGGGACCAAGGUCCUCAAGCCUGUGGGCCAGUUCAGAGGUAAGAAAGUCCAGAUCCGCAAGCCAGCGCCGUCAGGCUCCGAACCAGUUGCGGAGCGCAAACGCUCCACCCCCAUCAACCCAGCCAACACCAUCCGCAAGUGCCUUGCCAACAACCCGGUGUCCCAGCGGCCCUACCGCGACCGUCUCGUCCACCUGCUGGCUCUGCGCUCUUACAAGAAGCUGGAGCUACUGGCCAGGUUGCAACGGGACGGGGUCAGCCAGAAGGACCGCAGCUCUCUGGGGAGCACCCUGCAACAAGUGGCCAACCUGAACCCCAAAGAUAACUCUUACUCUCUGAAGGACUUUGUGUACCGCGAUGUGCAGAGGGACUGGCCGGGCUACUCCGAGGAUGACCGCGUUCAGGUCAACGGGAUCUUGGUUCGGAAACUGGGCCUUCCCACUGAGACACUUUCCUCCAGCAGUCCUCUUAAAGACGGCCUCCCGGCUUCCCCACAGCAGAAGUGCCAGCCCGAGUUACCGGUUCACUUCACCGACCCCCUGAUGCCGAAGAAGCCCCGCAUCUCCCAUGUCACCAGCCAAGGGCCCCCUGCCGCCCCAACCCCCAUCCCCACCUCGUCCUCUAGAGAGCGCCGCGCCCCCCCGAAGGAGGACGACAGCCACCAUAGCGCUGCUGCCACCACCAACACAAAGCGCUCGUCUCUCCCAGCCAGUACCACCACCACUGCUGGCCCACCCCUCAACCACCACCACCUUCCCCCUCCCUCCCAGCUCCAGGUUUCUCAACGCCCUCCCCCGUCGCAUCAGUCUGGCCCGGGCUCCAACUCCAACUCGCCCAGCACGCCCGAGGGCCGUGGCACCCAGGACCUGCCCCUGGACCAGAGCUCCACCUGCCUGGAACCCCCCUCACCGAUAGCCACCUCCAGCCCCCCGAGCAGGACCACUGACCGUUAUGGCCCCUGCAUGCCGCCACCAGCCAGCUCCAGUCCCCAAAGCCACCCAGCCCUCACCAUCUCUUCAUCCUCCUCAUCCUCUACCAUUAUCCCCCCUCCCUCGCCAAGCAGUAGCAAGAAGUCCAAGAAAAAGUCAAAGAAGCACAAAGAGAAGGACCGCGAGAAGGAGAGGCGCAAGGAUGUGCGAAGCAGUAAAGGCGAUGGCCCUGGUGUCAGCCCCCGAGGGGUGCCGGUUGUGGACGCUCAGAGGCCCAGGAAGAGACACCGCGACAAGGCGGAGGAGAGACAAACGCCAGUCAUCCCCGCCAAGAGCCCAGUCUGCCUGGAUGAAGACACUAAAGAGAGGCCAGUCCACUCGUCAGACCUAUCCUCCACCACUGUGAUGCCAGAUUACAUAAGUAAGUACACGGCAGUGGUGUCUAUGGACCAGAGGCAGACCUACAAGGACGAAUUCAACGCCGAGUAUGAGGAGUACCGCGUCCUGCAUACCCGUGUGGAGAACAUCACCCGCCGCUUCCACCAUCUAGACACCGAGUCCAGGAGGCUGCCUCCCGGCACCAAAGAGUACCAGGAAGUACAUGAAGAAGUGUUGCAGGAGUACAAUAAAAUGAGACAACACAGCCCAAACUACCAGGUGGAGAAGCAGCGCUGCGAGUACCUGCACAACAAGCUGGCCCACAUCAAGCGCCUCAUCGCUGACUUUGACCAGCGCAGGGCCCAGUCCUGGCGCUAGAGCACCAGCUUCAAGACCACAGUGUUGAGGUGGUUUAAGGGGUGGGCAGAGCAAGGGGAGUCCAACUGGCUUUUUAUUUAUUCAGACCCCUCUGCCACCACGUCCUUCCUUUACCCUUUCUUUCUACCUUUUGAUUCCACAGGCUGCAGGAGGCUACAGUACACCAUCUUAAAAUUCUUAUUCACUGCCCCCCCCUACCUUUUCUCGUAUUGGUUUCUCCUGGACCUCCUCUCUAUUACUACAACACUGGUCUAGAGGAAGAGAUCUACAUGUGAGGGGGUGGUAGGGCAAAAAUACUUAACGCUUCUUACCUUUUGAAGGACUUAUCCCUAAAAAUGAACAACAAAAAUUAAACUUAUUUUUGAAAGCAGAGAAAAUAUUAUACUUACACUUGUAUUUAAGUAAAUAAAGAGGGAGAUCUAUUUAUUUUGGACUGUUAGGAUGGAGGAGCGGUCCACAGAUGAUUUAUUGUUUAAAAAGUUUAUAUUUUCCAAAAGCAAUGCAAAAAAACAUGGGCCUUAUGUGUUUGACUUUAUGAAGCCAUUUUGCACGUGAGAGGAGAUCCCAUUCUGCAUCCCAGUGGUCCAAAGUGGCUCAUUUUCAUUGUAAAGUAGGGGGCUCAAGGAAAGGAAUCCACUUGAGCAAUUGAGAUGUAACACCAAUGUGUGUGUGCAUGGGUUAUAAAAUGGCUUAUAAUGGGGGUGGGAUGGGUAAAUUAGGAGUAUCCGUCCCCUGACAGCAGGGGCGUGCUACCCUGAGCACCACCAGUGUUUCUGCCCUCAGUGCAAAAGGGUGCCUUAACGUGUUUAGUUUACACUGCAAUGUCGAGUCGCUGAGACUUCUAGGGUCCCCAAGGCAACACGGGGGAACUACAACCACCUGGCUACAGGUCACACAGACCAGUGUGUGUGUCGGG